UUUGACAGGGAACUAAUAUGAAUCUGUCAGUGGAUACAGGGACAAUACAUUUCAUCACUUGGAACGUUAAUGGACUUAAAGAACAAAGAAAUAAAAAAUUUAGAGAACUACGUAAUGCUGCUGUUGUUUUCUUACAAGAGACACACAUCGGGGAAAAUGAUAAUCAUAUUUUAGAGUGCAGUGAAGAUGAGUGGCAUAUUUUCUUCACAAAGUUUACAUCAUCCCGAAGAGGAACAGCUAUACUUGUUAGGAAAACAUUAGACUUUGAAUACAUCAGUGAUGACAAAGAUACUUAUGCAGGAUAUAUUGUGUUGAAAUGUAAACUGCAAGGUCAGUUGUACACACUUGUUAGCAUUUAUAACCACCAAACUGACACAAAAACCCUUGAUAAACUUUCAAGGUACCUGCAGUUAAUGGCCACAGGGUUGCUGGUGAUUGGUGGAGAUUUCAACACUGUUCUCAAUCCCUUUAUCGACAAAAAAUGUUAUACCAACAAGGUGACAAAUAACCGAACUCAGAGCAAACUGCUUCCCUGUGUGGAAAAUUUUAUGAAAUCUCUUCAGCUUGUCGACAUCUGGAGAAGAAAAAACCCUGUAAAGCAGAAUCACACAUUCUGCAGAGGUGAAACUUCAUCACGACUGGAUUACUUCUUCAUUCCAGAAGAAUGUUUGUGGCGUGUCAGAAGUUGUGACAUCAGCGAUUCGGAGAGACCUGACCAUCAGCCUUUGUCCUUGAAGAUCAACAAUGUCUCCGCAGACACUUUACAGGAACAUCUCCAGAUACAAUCACUCUCACAACUGCUCAGGGAUAAAAGUCAUUUCGGGAUCGAUUUAUCAUUGGUUCAAGAAGGCUCACAUGUACUCAGUGAGGUUGACAUUGUCUCAGCUGUACAUUCUCUUCAGGUGUCAGACACACCAAGACCAGAUGGCAUUCCAGUUUCCUUCUACAAAGAGAAAAUUCAAGAUAUAAUUCCAUACAUAAAGGUGCUAUAUGAUGGAAUCUGCAGUGGCAAAUUAAACUGCUCUGAGAAGCGUUUUAAUGAAUCUGUGAAAAGUCCACAUGACAACAGUCAACACUUUUUUAAUGUUGACUACCUCAUAAUCGCAACUAUUCUAGCAAGACGCCUAGAAGACUUCCUGGAGUCUCAGUCGGAGGGGCGGAUACCAAGAGAUUCAAUUCCUGUCCUGAUCAGUCCCAAAGCCCUCAGCACUCAGACUGUGCUGUGUUGUAUUGAGGAAGAGUUAGAAAGGCAACAACAUUCAACUUCCCAACUUUUUCCAGCUUUGUCUCAGGACUUCCUUUCUGUGAAAAGCCUUGUUAGAAGCCCUUGUCAGGGCUGCCCUUUGACCCCAGUCCUCAUAUCUUUAGCACUGAAAUGCUUUGCCUCAAAGCUAUUUCAGAAUUUAGAAAAGCAUGUAUUUUAUGUCUUCAAACAAAGUGUGAUAGUCUGCGUCCUACCGGAGGACCUACAUCAGGUACAUGCUAUUGUGAGAAACAGCACUGAUGAAGAAUAUGACAUUGUGACAUUACCCAGAGGAAAUGGUGAACCUUUACAAGAAACCAGCCUGGACAGUGAGUCUGAGAUGGAAGACUGGGAUACACAGAUGGAUGGAGCAGAAGAACGAUGGCCUAAAAGAGCUGCAUUCAAAAUGUCAAGCAUGUAUGCUGUUGUAACCUUGCAAGAUUCAGAUGAGGUGAUGGUGGUAGCAUCAAACUGGCUGAACACAGACAAGACACAAUGUCACUGGCCCCCAUUCAGAUCAGCAGAGAAGUACAUGCAAGCUGUGAAAGACAGAACUGAGCCUUCAACAGCAGGAAAACCAUGGGACAUGUUAAACAUUCUCUUACAUGCAGAAUACGGUAACACU